AUGUGGAAAGUCGCUUUCGAGACUCUCAAUUUGGCGAGGGUGAUGAGAAUAUACGGAUUGGCCAGCUUGGCUGAGCAUUUCAAGAAGCCUCCACCCACGAGCAAGUCUAAGACGAAGAGCUUGCUGCAAAUCUUAGAUCCGGAACGACGACGGACUAUCGUGGAGAACAUCGCGAAGCUAGAAUUAGAUAAGGAUUCGUUCGUGGCGCAUCUGGAAAAUUCCGAGUUGCCUCCGCUACUCUUCGGGAAGGUGCACGCGGGUCAGGGAGCUCUAAGUACCAAGGACGGGAAGGGCAUGCUACAGAAACUUAAGCUAUUAGACGCCAUUCUUCCGACCGACGAUGAGGUUGAAGUUUUCAAACAUUCAGAAUGCUCCUUGGAUUACCUUUCGGAAGAAGAACGUUUUCUGUACCGAGUUGCGUCGAUACCGGGCUUCCGACCCAGCGUGCUGGCGCUGUCGUUCGAUGUCAUUUUCGACCUCCCAAUAAUGAACCUACUCCAACGCUUGACAGAAUACAUCGAUGUCUGCGAUUGGCUGAUGACCGAUGCCAACAUACAUGUUGUGUUAAUCAACUGUCUGACGGUUCUGAAUUAUGUUAACAAUAAGCAUGAGAUUUACCAUUACGGAUUCGAUCUGGAAGUCAUGGAAUCAUGCAUCGAAGUGAAGUCCACGGGAGGCCAAUUGAAUUUGCUAGACUGCGCCGUCUGGCCAUUCGUCGAUCUCGAGAAAACGGCUUUCGAAGAAUUCGCAGACAAUUUCCUCGAAGGCGCUCAAAUUUUUGAAAGCAUUGAUCUCGAAGAGAUUCGAGAGCAGAAGAAUUAUUUGAAAGAAAAAGUGCGCGAGCUGAUAUCAAAUUUGGACCUAAUCCCCGCCGGUCAAAGGGAAGACACAGCGCUGUUCAUCAAGUACGUGGAGGCGAAGCUGAGAUGCCUGGUCAGAGUUCUGAGCGAUGCUCGGAAGAAACAGGAGGAAGUCUGCCUUUACUUCUGCGAGAGGCAGCUACCGGAAGAUGAUAUGAACGACACGCUCCUCAAAUUUGAUACAGUACGAUUCCGAGAGAAAAUUCUCACCAUGGCCAUCGGAGUUUUCCAAAGUGUGAAGGUCUGUGCAUUCGAUAGUUCGCCGAAUUCCUCGCUGUGGGACGAUAAUUCCCCGGAAAUACUAGGUCUGUGUCCAUGCAAGAGACUGCCAGCGUGA